AUGACCGACAAGUACCCAACCGUCCUCGGCGGCGAACACCACCAAGGCGGCGAGUCGCAGGACCUCGAGAAAGCAUACGACCACCCGCCUGCUUCGAGGAUCGCGAACGAUGCGCAAAAGGCGCAUGCGUAUGCGGAGGGGAAGGUGAAUGGUGCUGGACCUGGAGCGGGAGAGAAGGAGGGACCGGAUUCGACGGCGGAGCGAGGAAACACGGCGGGCAGUGGGUACACCAAAGGUGGACCGGCGCCAGGAAUCGCCUGA